AUGGCAUAAUCAAAAGAGUAAAUAUAGCUUCCUUAACCAUUCCUGGAUUUAAUUGCAUCAAAAGGCCAAACACUAUUGGACUGUACUAAUGUUCACCCAGAUUAGACUUGUCUUUAGUAUGACUGGCUGAAGCUCAGAUAGAUUGGAGGGACUGCUCUUAAAAUUUACGUAGUUAUCCAUAUAAUUCCAACUAUAAUUUUCAAGCAUAAACAACUAAGAAAGGAUCCAAUUCCAACUCUAAAAAGAAUGCUGAUCAACUAUAUUAGAUCAGUACUAUUUUUAACUCUGGCUUGCGCUCUGCCGCCUAUUCUUUAGUGUUACACAUCGAAACUGUUUGGCAGAACAAAUAGAGAUGCAAGCUUGCUCUCAUUGACAAUAUCUUCUAUAGUCGGUGUUUUCUUUGAGACUGUAUAAAGACAAAGAGAAAUUGGAUUAUUCUUGCUACCAAAGGCAAUUCCAGGUCUCUACAGUUUCUUCUAUGUACGAGGUUUGGCUCCAAAGCUUGGGAACAUUGAAGUUCCAAUUCUUAUUUUGGCUGUGGGAUUGAUUGGCUUGGCUAGCUCAUAAACUGGAAGGAAAGAUGCCCUUAAACCAAUGUUCGAUAAACUGCUAUGCUUGCUAUGGGACUGA